ACUAAUCAAAUAGAAACGAAGAAGAAGAAAGUUUGAAUUUGACAAAAUAAUAUAUAUACUUAUACUAUAUAAAGGAAAGAAAGAAAGAGAGAGAACAAAAGAAAGAAGAAAAGCUCAAAGAACUCAAAAGAAGAAGAAAGAUGUAUAAUCAACAACAGUAUCCAGUUGGUGCUCCUCCUCCCCAAGGGUAUCCUCCUAAGGACGCUUAUCCUCCCACUGGUUAUCCUCCCGCCGGUUAUCCGCCGCCGGGAUAUGCUCAGGGAUACCCUGCUCAAGGUUAUCCUCCACCUCAAUACUCUCAAGCUCCUCCUCAGCAAAAGCAACAAGUCGGUAUGCUCGAAGGAUGUUUGGCUGCUCUCUGCUGUUGCUGUCUCUUGGAUGCUUGUUUCUGAUCGCAGUCGACGAUUCUAUUUACAUUAUUACAUCAUGUAAAGACCGUCUUUGUCUUGUUCAAAUAUCUCUCUUCUGUUGUUUUAUCUUCUUUUUGUCUUGUGAAUUUUUUUGUUAUAUUCUUAUGGAUUAUUGACUCGUCCAUGACCAUAUCUCUCUUUCAUAUACAAGAAUUCGAAACUA